CCAAUCUCAGCCCGUGCCCAGUCUGUCCGUCUCCCUUCCCAAUCGCUUUCGAUCCGCACCUCCUGUCUCCGCCGCCGCUUCAUCCCGCUGCGGCCCUCCACCGCCGCUUCAUCCCGCCGCGGCCCUCCUCCGCCGCCGCCCCCAGCGACGACGCUGCUAAGUGGGCGGUUCGUGCAGAGGCGGCGACUUCGGCUGCCGGUAUUCUCUGCAACCACUCCGUCCCUCGGUCUCACCGCUCUGCCGCCCCUUCCUCUCCACUGCUCCGCUGCCUCCCGGUGGACGGAUCUGGAGUCGGCGGAUAGCUAGUACUGCUCCUACCCUGGCCUCCAGGUGGCGGCACCACUUCCCCGGCGGGAACCCCAAUAAGUUUACUGCUGCCAUCAAGCUAAGCGAGGAAUUGCCUGUCUCCUAGAACUUCUCCUGAUCUUCCGUGGCACAAUCAUCCUCUGAGAAAAUGCCAUCAGUUUAUCUUUACAUACCUAAUAUUAUUGGGUAUUUUAGGAUCAUCAUAAAUUUCAUUGCUUUUGCUGUUUGCUAUUCCAACAAGGCGCUCUUUGCUAUUCUGUACUUCUUCAGCUUUGUUCUUGAUGGCGUGGAUGGUUGGUUUGCACGGAAGUUUAAUCAAGCAUCAACAUUUGGAGCUGUGUUGGACAUGGUUACAGAUAGGGUUAGCACUGCUUGUUUGUUGGCCCUUCUCUCCCAAUUUUACAGACCUGGCUUAGUCUUCUUAAUACUUCUUGGGUUGGAUAUUACAAGCCACUGGUUUCAAAUGUACAGUUCUUUCCUGUCAGGCAAGAGUAGCCACAAGGAUGUAAAGCACACAGGCAAUUGGCUUCUGAAGUUAUAUUAUGGGUACAGACCAUUCAUGGCCUUCUGUUGUGUUUCUUGUGAGGUUUUAUAUAUCAUUCUCUUUCUCUUUGCUGAUGAGAAGUCGACAAGCUUGCUUAGUGUAUCCAGAGGUAUCCUGAAUCAAAGUCCCCUCAUUGUCUUGGUGUUUAUUUCCACUCUAGUUGGCUGGGCCGUGAAACAAGUUACCAAUGUCAUCCAGAUGAAAACCGCUGCAGAUGCAUGUGUUGUGUAUGAUCUGAAGCGCGGGAAGUGAAGCAUGAAGGCACCUGUUUUGUGUUUUGUAUCAACAUAUCCAAUUCGUGAGGCUUGUGCACCAGGGUUCGUACGUACAGUGGCUACUUCUUAUAUGCCUUGACAUCUUUCUGAUGAUGCUUAUCUGUUGGGGCGAGACGGCGAUCUUGCUGUGGGAAGAACAUAAAGAAAACGGAGGAGAUAAAUGUUUUGAGGAGAAAGUGGAGGCUGUUUAAAUUGUUUGCCAGUGUUUAAUUCGGUUAUACAAUGAUGAUGCAAUCAUGAUCUUUGUUAGGUAGUGUAGCCUUUUGAGUUGACCUGAACCAUGUUUGCAAGCCACAUGUUUCAAAUUUCAGGAACACUAGGAUCGUGAUACAUAAAAAUUGUUACGGGCAUGAAAAUUGAUAUCGCUUUAAUAUAAUAUACACACUGUCCAAUUAAAUUUAA